GGUAACAGACUACCUGUGCGACACCCCCCUCCUCCUGCAGUUACUGGCUCGUGGCCUGGGCACCAUGGGUGGUCUUGUGUGGCUGUUUUUCUUCAGGGUGGCCGUGUGCUGUGUGGGGACUGUGGUAUCCAUCUCCUCCACACCUGUAGACCCUUCAUCAGAGAGGCCCCUGGAAACAGACCCCUCCCUCUGUGGACUGCUGGGGGUCCUGGACGAUCUGGUGGUGGUGGUWUUGUUACUCAUCUGUGUCAUUAACACCAACCAGCAACUGGAACCAGAAAGAAGCAGCUCUCCACGCUCACAGACUGGGAGAUCACUGUAGGCAGACUGUCACAAUAAGCUGCCUGACAGGGACGCUGUACUUAGUGAGAAUAUUGACAUUUGUGCAGUUAAACCAGGGGUCUGCAACCUUUACAGUCAAAACAGCCAUUUCUGCUACUCACUCAGUCAUUAAAUGUGUCCAG